GGCAACACCUACCAACGCGGCACACGCUCCUUAGCUCUCUCUCUCUCCCCCCCCAUCCUCGCCAACGUCACACUUUGUUCGCCUGUGUUGCAGUUCUUGUCAAACUUAUCUCCGACGAGAUAGAUACGGGACACGCAGCAACUAACAUACGUACGUAACAGCGGUCAGGGCGAGCGCUGCGUGUACCAGGGAGAGAGAGCGGCACGCGCCGGUUUUGCUUCCCAAGGCACAGCUCUGUCGUCGUCAACAGCGAGAGAGGCGCGCGCCAUACCGUUGAAGACACACACGUUUUCGAUAUGCCGCUCCUUGCAAAGCACUCGGUGUUGCUGCUCCUCCUCCUCCUGGCGCCAGCAACCCAAGGCCUACUCCCCUUGCCGGCAGCAGCAGCAAGGCCACGACCUCGGUCGGCAGCAGCACCGACGGCGCUUCGCAUGGAGGACGAAGCUUCUUCUCGAUCUGGUGGCCCUCAUGGGUCGAACUCCGGCGAUACCCUGACUCGCCAGGGUUUCAUCGGGGGCUUAAUAGGGGCAGCGCUAGCCCCGGCCCUGGUAAAGCCUCGGUCCUCGCCGUCGUACGACGUGAUGAAGUACGAACGGAUAUUCGACACCGCCAGGAAAAGCUUCGUGCCCGCCGACCCGUCGAGGCUGAUCUUCCCCGGCGUUGGCUUCGCGGACCGCGUGGUUUGCACGGGCGAGAUGCACACCCACCCGCUCCACCACAGGAUGCAGUUCGAGGUGAUCAAGGCCGUGGCGUCCGUCACCAAGGCCAAGACCGAGCCGCUGGCCAUCGGUCUCGAGAUGUUCUAUCGCCAGCAGCAGGACGCUCUCGACCGUUACGUCUAUUCUCAUGGAGAUCUCGCGGCGCUCAAGCUUGACACGAAAUGGGACGAGACAUGGGGUUUUGACUUCAACCAGUACGCCAAGAUUUUCCACUACGCGCGCGAGAACGGCAUCCGCUUGGUUGGGUUGAAUGCCCCUCAGUCCCUCCUGCACCUGAUCAAUAAGGUCGGGAUCGCGGGGUUACCCCAACGACUUCAAGAGGUGCUCCCAGAAAUGGACCUCAGCAAUACCGCCCAUCGGAAGCGUUUCGAGGACGCCAUCAAUGGCUUCCAGCACGGGGCAGGGAUUGACGCAGCUGCCAUGAACCGCAUGUACGAAGCCCAGACGCUGUGGGACGAGUACAUGGCGGAGUCGGCCAGCCGGUACCUCCAGCGAGCGGGGGGGCGGAUAGUGCUCUUGGCCGGAAACGGGCACGUUCAAGCGCGCGACGGUAUCCCGGACCGAGUAGAACGCCGCACCGGAUUGAAACCCUUCACCAUCGUGCCCGUCUCCGUCGAAUGGACGGAGGAUGGGCUGCCGGACAUCGACCACCCCCCCGGAACCGCCUUCGCCGACUGGGUGUACUUCACGCAGAACGAAAUCGGGCCGCCGGUGCGUGGCGCCGGGUCAGAAGACAACUGAUAGGAUUUGCUAUGGCAAGGAAGAGUUGGUUGUCCAUGAACCCGAGCAAGGGUUGAGGGCGUUUCGUUGCAUCCCUGGGAAAAGUGAGAAAGGGCCUAGAACGGAGGCGAAGGGGACCAUGAUUUUUUUGGGGGUGGUGGACUUCGUAUGUGGUCGUUUCGUCCAAUUCGGGGGGGAUGCUCCUGCCUAUGACCGUUGUGAGCAGAGAUCGCGGGCGGAAUGGGGGGCGCAGCGGCUUGGGGGGGAGGUUCAGGCCAGGUCACCGGCAGGUCGCGUGUCAACCGGGAUCAGCCUCCCUGCGCUUCGGAUGAUGGAAAGUAAAAAGCGAACGCGUCGCGCGUGUCAAACGUGGGUGGAGGGAUUGGUUGGAUCACGUGGCCGCUCGGCAUCGCAUAGCGCCUGUAAGUAGACAUUUUGUAAAUACGGAAGCGAACAAGGAGAAGAGGAUUGCGUUAUCACUUCAGGUUCUGGCGGGGGAGAGUGGGCAGUGGUGAGGGCCGUCCACGAGGUUUCUUCCAAGCACUCGGGGGGAAUGAGAGACAGCGUGGUUAGACGAAGCAAACUAUUGUGUUUCGUGCCGAUUCUAGCCCGGGUGACGUUGGGCGGGGGCACGGGGAGGCGUUCGUUUUGAGGGGCACGCACACGCCGUGUGGGGGGGCUCUGUAGACCUGCCACUGGUCACGUUGGUGUACAUACGUGCGGUUGUAAAAUGUCGCGGGUUUGAUGCGAACAUAACGCGACGCUUGAGGAUAUUGUGUUCGGGUGCGAAGGGUGUUUGUAGCCGAUGUUGUGCGAAUGUUGGCGUGCUACCGUUGGGCUCUAACGCGGGGCGGGAUGCGUGCGCAGACGCAAAGAAUGCCCCUCUGGCAUGGACUCUGUUGAUAUUCGCGGGAUGAUGGGUGCGUCGAGACGGGGCCCGAAGGGUUAUCCCCCCCAAAAGGUUUGUAGAUUUGGAUUGGUGUGAUGUAUGUUGACGUCGGAACGACGUCGCGACGCUGUGCGGCUAUCCCUUCCGUCAGAGGAUGAACUCAACAUGUAUGUGGCGGUGCCGUGAACCACAGUUCCUGGGUGCAAUCCUUCGUCUCUUUCACCUACGGAGUGCUCGCAGAGAUGUGUCUUGUACGGAGAGCUUACGUGCUUCGCACCUGUGGCGUUGCCAGGCGUUGAAGGACGGUUGGUUGCCCUUGGUUGGCCUGCGGGAAAUAGGAUGGAUAGCGCAGUGGUUUGGGGGGCGGCUUUUGGCUCUGGGAGAUCCAUGUGAUCUGAAUUGUGGCGUCCUGCUGGGAAGAGAGUCGUGUGUGUUGUAGCUUGUUGUGUGCAUGCGUUGUUCGUCUGCUAUUUUUAUGUUUUAUGUUUACUGCUGUGUCCCUUGUUGAGUUAAUGCUGCCGCCACAUCUGGAUCGGCGAUCAACGUUUUUCAGUCGCCUUCGCCUCGUGGCGAGAGACGAUUAGGAUUUACAUCAAAC